AUGAUGGAUCCCGACGCCAAGGAGGGCGGGCCACUCGAAGAAGCUGGCGGCGCCGGUGCCGAGAGUGGUCCCCGCGACGGCGGCGCUGAAUGCGGCAUCGCCUCCCCCUUCCGCUGGCUGCGGCGGCUCUCCCGCGAGCUGCACUGGAGCUUCGUGCUCGCCGUCUUCGCCGUCUACGGGGCCUGCCAGGGCGUGGGCAACGCCGUCGGGGUGGUCGCCGCCUCGUACUACAGCAAGGACGUGCUGCGCCUCCAGCCGUCCGCGGCGCAGUUCUACCAGGGCAUCGUCGACUCGCCGUGGGUCGUCAAACCCAUCUGGGGCCUGCUCACCGACGUCGUGCCCGUCGCCGGAUACCGCCGCCGCCCCUACUUCCUUCUCGCAGGCGUGAUUGGCGCCACAUCUAUGCUUAUGAUUUCCCUGCAAAGCAAUCUGGGGCUCAUACCGGCGGUCCUAGCCCUGACGGCGCAGAGCGCAGGGGCGGCGAUAGCCGACGUGACGCUGGACGCCCUGGUUGCGCAGAACAGCAUAACACACCCGCCACUCGCCGCCGACAUGCAGAGCCUGUGUGGGUUUUGCUCCUCAUUUGGGUCAUUGAUCGGGUACUCCAUCAGCGGCCUUCUUGUCCACUCCAUGGGAGCCCAGGGGGCUCUUGGCUUGUUGAGCAUCCCCUCAGCACUGGUGUUCUCAGCUGGGAUUCUGCUGAAGGAGAGCCGAGUGACAAACUUCAGUUACAAGCAGGUUCAUAAGAAGUUCUACAAAGCAAUUCAGUCAAUGGGGACAACACUGAAGUGCCCUGAAGUCUGGCGCCCGUGUUUGUACAUAUAUGUUUCGCUCAAUCUAAGCCUGGACAUCCAAGGAGGAAUGUUCUACUGGUACACAGAUCGACGAACUGGACCAGGAUUUUCUGAGGAAUUUAUCGGUGUGAUCUAUGCAGUCGGUGCAGUGGGUUCACUACUCGGGGUUGUGCUAUACCAAAGUGCUCUAAAGGACUACAAUUUCCGCAGCAUGCUUUUAUGGGGUCAGGUGCUGUCAAGCCUGACAGGGAUGCUUGAUCUAGCGCUAGUGACCCGACUAAACACGAAGAUCGGCAUACCAGACUACGUUUUCGCGGUGAUCGACUGCGGCGUUUCUGUAAUGGUCGGCAAGCUUCAGUGGAUGCCGGUUCUCGUGCUUUGCUCCAAGCUUUGCCCUCCGGGCAUCGAAGGAACCUUCUAUGCGCUGCUCAUGUCAAUACAAAAUGUGGGGCUGCUUAUGUCUGCCUGGUGGGGUGGCCUGCUGCUGCACACGCUGAAUGUGACUCGAUCGGAGUUCAGUAACCUUUGGGCGGUUGUGUUGAUCAGAAACGUCUCGAGGCUGCUUCCGCUGAUGCUGCUGUUUCUUGUCCCUGAAAGCGACCAGAACUCGACGCUCCUUCCUGCGGAGAUGCUUCACGAUGACGAACCUACAGAAGCUGUCAAGGAUGGAUCGGGCAGUGCUCAGUUUUCCGUCGUUGUUGCGGAUGAUUCAAGUUGUCAUCCUUCCAUUGAGGAUGUUCAAGAUGAAAGAAUCAAAGUUACUGAUGAUUUAGGAGAUGAUGUAGAGCUGAUCCCACUGAUGAACAAGACCAGAACAGUUGGGUGA